AUGGUGGGCGACAAGGGCAAGGGCAAGGGCAAGGGCGAGAGCGGCUACGCGGCGCAGCCGCAGCAGGGCAUGGUGCCGAGCCAGCAGCUCCAGCCCACGCCCGCCCAGGCCAGCGCCAGCAGCGGCUACGUCCUCCUGGCCGACGGCGCCCCCGCCGCCAAGCGCCCCAGGACGGACCAGUUUGGUAACGUCAUCCUGGACGGCCUGCCAGGCACCACCACUGGCGAAGUCAGGUACGCGGAGGCCGAGGCGGCGGCGCAGGCUUCCGUCGUGCUGUGCGGCACCGAGCUGGGCGGCCGGCCCAUCACGGUGGAGCUGGAUCUGCAGGACCGGACGAGGUUGAUCGUCUCUGGCAUCCCCGACGGGCUCGGCUGGGCGGACCUCAAGGGCCACUUCGAGUCUGUGGGGACCGUCGUCUUCGCCGACGUCGGGCCCUCGGUCGGCCCCGUGCCGGCGGCGCCGCAGUUCCUGCAGGCCCCGCCGGCGCCAGCGCCGCCAGGCGGCUGCGUGCAGGCUGAUGCCUGCCAGGUGCCGCAGCCGCCGCCGCAGGUGCCGCAGCCGCUCCAAGCUCUGCAGGAGCUGGCGGCGGCGGCCGGGGCGCCCCUGCAGGCCGUGGGCUCGCUCCCCAUACCGCCGCCGCCGCCGCCGGUGGCCGUGGCCGUGGCGGCCGCCCCCGCGGCGGUCGAGCACGUGGCCACCGCCACCGCCACGGUCCGGUACGAGACCUCCGAGGAGGCGCAGCAGGCCGUGUCCACGCUGGACCAGCUGGACCUGCAGGACGGGCCGCCCGCCGCCCCGCGCGGGCCCAGCUCCGCUGCCGGGCCCUUCUUGGGCGCGGACACCGCGCAGCAGAUGGACGACCUGUGCGGCCGACUGGAGCGCCUCGCCGACCAGGUCAAGAACCCUGGGCUCACGACCCGGGAAGACGUGGUGGUGUCGGAGGUGGUCGGGGUCAUACAGAGGAUCGGCGAGGGCGUCGCCUGGGCCUACGGGCAGCACCGGAGCAAGCCCGGCCUUGGGGAGCGUUUCGCCCAGCCGUUCGUGGACCACCACAUCAAGUGGUUGAAGGCGCUCCUCGUGGAGAAGAGACCACUGCGGCGGGAGAAUCAGAACCGGCUUGUCGGCCAGAUCCUGCAGACGAUCCACAUCCUCUUGCAGGCCACGCCCCCAGACUCGAUGCUGUUCUGCAACCUCACCGCGGGAUGGUACCUCAACGAGGUAGUUUCCGCCAAGAUUGACUUCUUGGACAAUGAAGACCUGCUCCCUUUGUGGAUGACGGUGGUGAAAGAUAUUGCGACCAUGCUGGACAGGGACAAUCUGAUGUUGUUUUUCGACCCUUCUAGCGAUAAGCCAUUUCCUAUUUUCUCGGAAGCUUGUCGUUAUUACCACCACCCAGUGUCUCAGGUGCGCACUCAUGUACAGGCCACGUCGCUAGAGAUUUUCCUGAAGCUUCGCGACAAGAGCUUUUGGAACGAACCAUUGUUCCACAAGGUGUUACAGGAGUCGUCCGUCUUCUUCACGCACGUGUGCUGCCUGCUGCGCGACUUCUGGCAGAUGGCCGACGAAGCAGUGCACACGCAGGAACGCAGGAAUGUCAGGAGCGCUCUGUAUAUCCAAAACGACAUCCUCAUGUACGUUAAUGACAUAUUCAUGUGUGAAAUCCCCCAGCUCACUGCAAUUCUCCAGGAAAAGCUGCUGCGCUUCGCGAUUCUGCCAGUGCUGGUGCGGUCAAUCCUGAGGCCACGGGACCCGCCUACUAUAAGAGAGCAGCAGCAGGAUUUGCUUUCGGCGCCCACUGCGUGGUACCUGCUGCACGACAUGCUGGUCACACUGCAGAGCUCCCCGGUCUUCACGGCAGUGUCGCUGGCGUUGUUGAGAAAAGAUGUUCCAGAGGAGGUCUUAAAGCUGGUGACCGAGCACCACUCCAGGACGCCGAUCACGUAUUUCAAGACCCAGGCAGAGUGGGGUGGCACCAUCCGACCGGCCCCAGACCUGACUGGCGACGUUGCUUCAGACGAGGUGUUGUACGCAAUGCCUCGGGAGCACUUAGUACAAUUGCUGGAAAACCGGGGACACAUGGUGAAGAACAGCCUCCUUGAUGCGCUGUUGGAGAGACUGCAGGGGCUUAGCCGCAGUGAAUCGGGCCUAUCGGCAGUCGCCGACUCGCUGCUUCUGGACACUACCACGCUCUUGCUCCGCACGUUGCGUGCUGGCUCCGAGGUGCUCGACGAGGAUAAGACGUCGCCGAGAGGCUCUCGGCGUCCACCUGCGAGGUACUGGCACAGCAUCGGCAGCUGCCGUGGCCGACUCUGGAGGCGGCGUUGCUGGCGCUGCGAGAGCUGA